AUGGCGCUAUGCGCUGGUCUGCUCGCCAAGGCUCGGGUUGACUCGGCCAGACAAAAACCCAAACGGGAGUACCUCGCCAGCUUGGAGCCGGAUCCUUUCGCGCUUGCUCGGACCGAGGUGGGGACGCUCUCGAACGCUCUGAAGCAAAUCGCCACGCCCGCUGCCGGCAUGGACGCCGCGGGUCGCGGCGGGCGGCACUCGGCGCACGACGUGGGCAUGCUCGAGGCGGAGCAGCAGAUGUGGGUCGCCAACCAGAAGCGCGACCUCCUUGAGCUGCGGCACCGGCAGAUCCUUGCGCGCGUCGACUGGCUCAACCAGCUCAACACGCAGGCGAUGCUGGUGGCCGGCUCGGCGGUCGCCUCGCUGGGCGGCGAAUCGCUCGAGACCAUUGACGACGAGCACGUCACCAAAACGCUCCUCGACACAAUCUUUGUCGCGUCGACGGCCGCGACGCUCUGCUUUUCGCUGUGGGUCAUCUUUAUCUCUUCGAAUCUGAUCAUGCUCUCGCAGAUGACCGCGCUCACCGGCACCUCGGCUGGCGACGUCAAGACCGCCGACGAGAUCCUCGAGCGGCGGAUCAACGAGGUGCGGUCGUACUACCUGCUCUCGCUCGUCAUGCUGCUCAUCAGCGCGCUGUCAAUGGUAUGGAUGAACUGCACGGGCUCGAACUCGACCAUCGCCACCGUCAUCUUCGUCACCGUCUCGCUCCACGCCGUGCACACCCUCCGCGACACCUCCGCCGAGUUCAAAGAGUCGACCACCUUUGAAGGCGACGACACCGUCCUGCAGUGCCUCAACUCCGCUGCGCGCCUCCUCCGCCCGCCCUGCUGCGCCAAGCUCGCCCCGCGCCGCUGGCGCCGCCUCGUCGACCGGGACGGCCGCUCCGCCCACUUCCAGCUCCCGGCCGACGCCGGGCGCGCCGCCGACGCCCAAAAGUCGCGCAGCCGCGGCUCAAACUCGUCGAGGGCGGCGCCCGAGGGGAGGUGGGCGGACGGGGAGGCGCGCGCGAGGGCCGCGGCGGCGCCAGCGCGGUACCAGGGCUGGGUCUUCAAGUCCAAGUGGUUCGUGCUGCGGGACACGGCCCUCGCUUGGUACAACACCGACGACGACCACACGCUGCAAGCGCCGCCCAAGGUCAUGCUGUCGAUGUCGGGCUACACGGUGCGAGAGACGGUGGAGCCGGGGCCGGCGAGGCGCUCCGCGCUGAUGCUGCUGCCGCGUGCCGUCCUCGCCCAGCCCACAGAGGCGCCAGAGCGGGCGGCGCUCGCGCCAAAGUCAUGGCUCGAACUGCUCACCGUCGCGAUCCACCGGGCGGACCAGCAGCAGGCCGCCGGCAUGGCGGGACCAUCUAGAGAAAGCUCCUUUGGCUCGGCGCGGGCGGGAGUGUGCGAGUAA